AUGAGUAUGACUAAUAUAACAGAUACAAUAUCAAUCGAUUCUGAUUCGUUAGUCUAUCGUGUGGCCACAACAUCAGAUUGUCAUUCAUUAGCUGCACUAAUCAAUAAUAGUUACGGGGGUGAAUUGUCACGGCAAGGUUGGGUUGAUAGAACUCAUUUAUUUUCUGCAGAAGGAAGAAGAACAAAUGAAAAUACGUUGUUUAAUAUGAUUAACAGUGAUACACAUGUCUUUUUGGUAUUCUUCGGUGAAGAUGAUCAAACUUUAAAAGGAUGUAUUAGUUUAGAACACAAACCAGAAGUAAAAACUGCAUAUAUUGGCAUGUUUGCUGUGCGCCCAGAUUUGCAAAGUCGAGGUUAUGGAAAAUUUAUCUUAUCUGCGGCUGAAAAUUAUGCUAUGAACAAUUGGAAUGUUCAGUAUAUUGAAUUGAGUGUUAUUACUCACAUACCUGAAUUAAUAUCGUAUUACAAACGCCGUGGUUAUACUGACACUGGUCAACGUCAACCAUAUCCUGCACAUGCAAUACCACCAGAAGCUACUUUACGAGACGAUUUAGAACUUUGUUUCUUGAGUAAAUGUUUAAAAAAGAAUGAAGAAAAACCAAUUUAA